AUGGUGUUUGUUGGGGGGGAUUCCUCAGGGGGGAAGAAUGGGCGACGCCCACAGUACCCGCCAUUCUGGUUAGUGGCAAGCGUAUUGCAAGACAACCAGACAAGCGAAUCAAUCCAUUCCGGUGUGAGAAACACCUUACUUUCUCCCCGUGCACCGCUGUGCGACGAGGUCGGGCUGUUCGAUGUGCCGAUGGGACUCAAGUUUGGUUCUUUUGACGAUCUCAUCAGAGCAGUAGAUGGCCUGCAGAAGCAAGAUGCGGUGGUGGAGGCAGUGCUGAGGAGGGUGGAGCGCCAGGCGUUAGAAAUAGAUCCAGAAACCCAAUUCAAGGUUAUGUGGCAGCGUCAUUCUUUGUCGGUUGAGCAGUACAUCAGGCGAUUUACUUGGGACGAAUCCAAAUUUCCAAAGGCCAGAGCGGUGAGGGAGAACUUAGAAGCAAUCGUGCAGUCUGUGACAAAAAUAGACGAAGAGGUGCGGGCUAAAGUCUCUGUUUGGCACGAAGUCAAGCAGCAAAUUGCCGCUGCCUCCGGAAAGAGGGAAAUUACUUCCUAUGCGCACCGCGAGUUGUUUGAUCUGCUAACACCCGCAGUUGUGCAGCCGGAUGACUUCGUGGAAACAGAACAUCUAACCACUGCCAUAAUGUGUGUCACUAAAGAGGCAGAGGAGGAGUUCUUGCGGUCUUACGAAAAGCUCCAUGCCUUUGUAGUGCCGAGGUCGGCAAAAAGAUUCGGUGUACCCCCAGACAAAGACGGUGCUUCUCUCUGGCGCGUGGUUUUGUUUAAGAAGGGCCUCGCCGAAUUCAGAAAAGCGGCAGCGGAAAAGAAGUUUACGGUCAGGGAGUUUACGUACAGCGAGGGAAUGUACAAGGAAGUGUCGGAAAACAGGACCAAGAUGAUGGCCGAGCAAACAAAACACGAGGCGUUUUUGGGCCGGGUCUGUUUUGCUGCAUUUUCAGACAUUUUUGUAGCGUGGGUGCACCUCAAGGCCAUGCGCAUCUUCUGUGAGGCUGUGCUUCGGUUUGGAGUUCCGCCAAAUUUUGUGUCUUUAUUCUUGAGGCCUCUUUCUGAGAGCAAAGAGAAGAAGAUCUUCAAAGAACUCGACUCGCUUGUUGCCCCCUCCGGUCUCUUUGGCAACCGAUUUUAUGGUAAAGAUGGAGCUGAUACUGGGGAGGGGGAGGAGUUUUUCCCUUACGUCCUGUUGCACUUGCAGCCGUUCGGCAGCUAA